AAGAGAAGCAGGAGGGCGGCGAGGCGCCCCGCUUCACCCUGGAGGCGCUGGAGCAGACGGUCAACAACGACCCCGAGCUCUGGGGCUUGCUGCAGCCCUACCAGCACCUCAUCUGCGGCAAGAACGCCAGCGGUGUUCUCUGCCUGCCGGACAGCUUGAACCUUCACAAAGAUCAGCAAAGGUCAAACAAACCUGGGGAAGUGCAGAUGUUCAGCCAGUCAGAGCUAAGGACCAUCGAGCAGUCUUUACUUGCUACGCGUGUGGGGAGCAUUGCUGAACUCAGUGACCUGGUGUCUCGAGCGAUGCACCACCUCCAGCCCCUCAACGCCAAGCAGCACGGGAACGGGACGCCCAUGCACCAGAAGCAGGGAUCUCUCUACUGGGAGCCGGAGGCUCUGUACACGCUCUGCUACUUCAUGCACUGCCCGCAGAUGGAGUGGGAAAACCCCAACGUGGAGCCGUCGAAAGUCACGCUGCAAACAGAGAGGCCGUUCAUUGUGCUGCCUCCCCUGAUGGAGUGGAUACGGGUUGCCGUGGCUCACGCGGGGCACCGUCGCAGCUUCUCGGUGGACAGCGAUGACGUACGGCAGGCGGCCAGGCUCCUGCUGCCGGGAGUUGACUGCGAACCUCGACAGUUAAAAAUCGACGACUGCUUUUGUGCAUCUCGGAAACUGGAUGCAGUUGCCACUGAAGCCAAGUUCAAGCAGGACCUGGGUUUCCGGAUGCUCAACUGUGGCCGAACGGACCUGGUUAAACAAGCUAUAUCUUUGCUGGGGCCGGAUGGGAUUAACAGCAUGAGUGAACAGGGCAUGACUCCACUGAUGUAUGCUUGUGUCAGGGGUGAUGAGGCUAUGGUGCAGAUGCUGCUAGAUGCUGGAGCAGAUCUGAAUGCUGAGGUUGUCAGUACUGCUCAUAAAUACCCAUCCGUCCACCCUGAGACCCGCCAUUGGACAGCUCUGACAUUUGCUGUGUUGCAUGGACAUAUUCCUGUAGUUCAGCUGUUGCUGGAUGCAGGAGCAAAGGUAGAAGGUUCCUUGGAGCAUGGAGAGGAAAAUUACUCUGAAACUCCUUUACAGUUGGCAGCAGCUGCUGGGAAUUUUGAACUGGUCAGUUUGCUGUUGGAGCGAGGAGCUGACCCCAUGAUAGGAACAAUGUACAGGAACGGCAUUUCCAUGACUCCACAAGGUGACAUGAACUCUUUCAGUCAGGCUGCUGCACAUGGACACAGGAAUGUCUUCCGUAAGCUGCUUGCUCAGCCGGAGAAGGAGAAGAGCGAUAUUCUGUCGCUGGAGGAGAUCCUGGCCGAGGGGACGGACUUGCCCGACUCGGCGGCAGCUCCGCUCUGCGCCAGCCGCAACAGCAAGGCCAAGCUGAAGGCCCUGAAGGAGGCCAUGUACCACAGCGCCGAGCACGGCUACGUGGAUGUGACCAUCGACAUACGGAGCAUAGGUGUUCCUUGGACGCUGCACACGUGGCUGGAGUCCUUGCGCACGUCCUUCCAGCAGCACAGACGACCCCUCAUCCAGUGCUUGCUAAAGGAAUUCAAGUCCAUUCAGGAAGAAGAGUACACAGAGGAGCUCAUCACACAAGGGUUACCUCUGAUGUUUGAAAUACUGAAAGCCAGCAAGAAUGAAGUGAUCAGCCAGCAGCUCUCUGUCAUUUUCACUCAUUGCUAUGGACCCUACCCUAUUCCAAAGCUCGUUGAAAUUAAGCGCAAGCAGACCUCUCGCCUAGAUCCCCAUUUCCUUAACAACAAAGAGAUGUCAGAUGUUACAUUUUUGGUGGAAGGAAGACCAUUUUAUGCACAUAGAGUGUUGCUAUUUACUGCAUCACCAAGGUUUAAAGCAUUGCUGUCUAGCAAGCCCUCAUCUGAUAGUACUUGUAUUGAGAUCAACUAUGUGAAGUACCCCAUCUUUCAGCUGGUUAUGCAGUAUCUUUAUUAUGGAGGUGCAGAGUCACUCUUGAUUAAAAAUAAUGAAAUUAUGGAGCUUCUCUCUGCUGCUAAAUUUUUCCAGCUUGAAGCUUUACAACGACACUGUGAGAUCAUUUGCGCAAAAAGCAUUAAUACAGAAAACUGCGUGGAUAUUUAUAAUCAUGCCAAGUUUCUCGGAGUCACAGAGUUAUCUGCCUAUUGUGAAGGCUACUUUCUAAAAAAUAUGAUGGUCCUCAUUGAAAACGAAGCUUUCAAGCAGCUGUUGUAUGACAAGAACGGAGAAACAUCUGGUCAAAAUGUACUUCAAGACUUACAGAGGACGUUGGCCACAAGGAUUCAGUCAAUUCAUUUAUCUUCUUCAAAGGGCUCCAUUGUAUAA